AUGUCCGCGGCUACGAUGAAGGGCACAAGAGACAAUGAAAAUGCACAAGGGUUUCAUAACCCCUGCAACUGUCAGGAAUGCCAACAAGUUCGACUUUCACAAGCUAUCGCAGCUCAGCAGCAUUCUUAUCUCCCCCCACCCCAAUUGCAGUCUACAUUUGGCUUUCCCUCUAUGAUGCCAGAAAGUUUGUCAAAUCCAACAUCUUUCCAUGUCAACAGGCCAAAUAGACCUCGUACCACUCGAAAAAAGGAUGAUUUUCGGACAAAGGAACCAGACCCGAGAGUUAGCUCGACGGCCUACGAAACGGUCUCUCCAUCGAGCUUCGAUACACAUGAUCACGGAAACCCAUCAUAUGCACGAUCAGCUUCUUCCAGCGUUAAAUACAACCCAAAAGGCAACUUUUAUUCCCACAGUCCGGUGUAUCUAAACGUGACCCAGCCGAUUGAUGGCCUUGAAACUCCUUUUUAUCAAUUGCCAUCAUACCCAGGGCCCCACAACGUUGAUCCGCCCUUGUCUCCAACAGUUUUUGGGCAGUGGUGGGACUACAACCCCCAGAAUAUGUCCACUUGGUGGCUUCCUAGUUGGGUCUUACGCGAAAACAAUUACCUGUAUCCUUUGGAUACUACACAUAGUGUUUAUUCAACUGGAUGGGACAUGCGGCAUGAAUCAACAACGCAACAGACAUCGGCUUAUUCGCCCCAGUACUCGACCGAAAAUAAUUAUUCGAUGUGGCAAGCUGCUGUUCCGCAUACUUGGCUGGAUACAUCUGUAUUUACGCGUGAAUACAAGACACCGCAAACCAUGGAUAAUACUAACGCGAAUCUCUCUCACCCACCACUACACCCACCUAUACGACCUCAAACAGUUGCAUCUUUUCACUCUGCCAAAGAUCCGACCCAUCAGGACUUUUUAUCCAGGGCAGCUAAAAAUGAAACCCUGUUUCCGAUCAAAAAAGAGAAGAAUCGCCAGACUAAAGGCUCCAGUGGACAUCCUCUACGAGAAGCAACACUAGGAAACCAUCAUAAAAGAACGAACACGGUGACGCCACCUCAAAAUAUUACUAAGAAUAGCGAUACCACGAGGGAUUACCAGCCCGAAAAGACCGGACACAGGGCCGACACCUACAAGCCAAGCCCAAACAACCCUAGCUAUCAUGCACCCGAAAGGAAACAAAGCGCCACAUCGGAUUAUGAGCGGGACAGUGGUAUGCCUUAUCCAUUAACGAAAGACGCUUUGGCAAAAUUAAACAAAGAGCAUGGCGACGAUAUCGACAGUAAAGUUCAGGGAAUCUGCCGAGCCAACAGUAGUUGGAGCACUACAUCCGACGAAGGUAAUUUUAUGGCUGGAAAUAAAGGGAAAAGAGGAAAACAUUGA